AUGCCCAAUUUCAACUCCGCGAUUGGCUGCUGGCGAGCCCCAGGCCGGAGGAGUCAACUCUUCGGGAUAGCUGUUCUCCUCUCCCUCUGUUUCUAUCUCAUGCCCUGGAGUGGCAUCUACUACUCUCUGCCCUCCUACAUUUCCAAACACACCUCCACCUCAAUAGCCUCUCCUCCCUCGCUUUACGAUCCGACUAAGCUCGCCUUCCUCGUGGAGACCCGCCCUCUACCCCACCUACCCGCUCUCUUCGCUCAUAUGACAUCCAUCAUACCCCCCGAAUGGACCUUCAAAUUUAUGGGCGGGCUGGAAGCGCACACAUUCAUGCGUGCUUCGCCUACAAUUGCGCGCAUGGAAGCCGCCGGCAAACUAACCUUCAUCGACAUCCCCGCCAAUUACUCGCUCAAGAGCCGCCAAACCAUCUCGGAGAUGUUCACCGACCCCCAUUUGUACGGGGAGAUAUUGCAUCCGGCUGAACACCUCCUAGUCUGGCAACCUGACAGCAUCUUUUGUGCCAACGCGCCCACCACUAUCAAUGAUUUUCUUGAUUGGGACUGGGUCGGCGCGCCAUGGGGGAAGAACGACGCUUAUGGUGGGAACGGUGGACUGAGUCUCAGGAAGGUGAGCAGGAUCAUGGAUGUCUUGGUCAACAAGACGAGGAAGCACGGAGAUGGGGCGCUGGAGGAUUUGUGGCUAUGUAGGGAGUUGCAUGCCUUGCCUGGACAGCAUAUGCCUAAUGCGAGUGUGAGCAAAACGUUUAGUGUGGAGAGCGUGUGGGACGAUAGGCCGUUGGGGUACCAUAUUGGAUGGAUGGGAGUGCAUCAUGAGCAGAUUUGGGACAAACCGGAGCAGGUUGAUCAUAUUAUGGAAUACUGCCCGGAGGUGAGUAUUAUUCUGGGUAUGAACUUGACCGGAGAUAAACCCGGCGGUAUUGCGUAG